AUGUCAAGACAUAAACCUCCGAGGAAGACAGUAGCUGUCGUUGGUUCCGGAUUGGCGGGCCUGACAACCGCAUAUCUACUUGCGAGGGACAGCAAGGAGAGAUAUGAUGUGGAAGUCUUCGAGAUGCAAGAUCGCCUGUCACUCGAUUCCGCCUCCUACACGCCCGCAGAGCAAUCUGCAACUCCUACGCAAAGCCGCGUAGAUCUACCAAUGCGCGCAUUCGCUGGUGGCUACUAUAAUAACCUGAAGCUCAUGUAUGAGUACCUCGGGUUGAAAUUUGCGUCGCCGAAAUUCAUCUAUCCUGUUUCUGCCCUCCCCGAAGACGGUUCCGCAACGCCCACGACCUACUAUAUCCACUCCUCCAAUAAUCACAGAUUUCCUCCUUUAAGACCCGAUACGUAUCGACUCGGAGCGUGGAUCUGGGAGUUAUGCUACUUAGCAGCUUGUUACUUUUGGUUCACCGCUUGCUGCUUUCUGAUAGCGCCCAAAACCCACGACCAGUCUGGCGAAGUAGAGUCGCUUGCGGAGUAUAUCGAAAGAAUCCAUUUGCCGCGGUACUACACCAAGAAAUACUUGCUUCCGUUGAUGUCGAGCGUGACGACGUGUCCCCAUGAUGCCUUGCUAAGGUUUCCAGCGACGGAUAUCUUGGGUUACGAGAAACGGACAUACGGACAACCCCAUUUUACCGUCGCUGGCGGUGUUCGUCAGGUUGAGGAGAAGCUUUCUGCGGGCAUCAAAACUAGGUUUGGAGCCAAGGUCACAAAUGUGACGACGGUGGGAAACAAGGCCCACAUCUCCUGGACAGACGUACACAGCCGCCAAACGCAUGAAGACGUAUUCGAUUAUGCUAUCCUUGCCGUGACACCAGAUGUGGUCGGUGCCAUAUUCCAGCCUCUACGACAAGCCAUGAUGUCUGUGCCAACUGUCUCAGUGGAGACAGUCGUGCAUUAUGACACUAGCAGAAUAUUGCAGUCGAGCAAACAUGUUUGGAAGAACAUGGAUUCGGACAAUCGAUUCUUUCGAACCACGGCGCACGCGCAACCGAUGCAUAUAUGCUCAAGCUCCUCGGCAACUGAAUCUAGCCACGAACACCCAUCGUCUGCAAUUGUGACGACAGGCCCGGUGGCACCAAUCGAUCCCGCGAAGAUCGUCCACCGUGUCAGACUGGUUCGGGUUCUGCGAACUACCAAGAGUAGGAAGCUGAUCAAUCAUAUAUUUGACGCAAUGCCAUCGGCACGAAUCCAAGACGAAAAGAUGCCUCAAUGGCGGAGUGGAGAUGGAAAUGUUUUCCUCGUAGGUGGUUGGUGCUGGGAUGGUAUGGUUCUUCUGGAGGGGUGCAUUGUGUCCGCGAUGAGAGUGGCAGAGCAACUAGGCGUUGACGUACCGUGGGUGGUGCCUCGUUAA